UUCUCCUACAGCUCAUUAAAGGAUUUUGUUCCCUCAACCUGAGCACGGUCACCUUAACUUGUGGGGAGCUUUAAAGCAAAGUUCAAGCUCACUUUUUGAAAACGGUGACAGGGAGCGAAGCCCGCUUGGACGGACAUAACGGACUCCACGCCUUCAGUGAAGUGGAAACCUGUCGUCUCUCUCAAUGGAAAGCCGGUCGUGCUCCUUGGUGCUGAGCCUCGAUCUGAGGUUUAGGUAAGAGCUGCUGGUCUCAAACGAGGACGAAGGUCUGAAAAGCGCUCACGAUGCUCGAGCUGCAGAGCCUGGAGGAUGUUAGCGGCGCCUGUCCCCACAUGGAUGUGCCUGGUUCUGAUGAGAUGGAGUGUAAGAUCUGUUAUACCGCGUACAAUCUGGAGAGCUGCAGGCCAAAGGUGCUGGAGUGCUGCCACCGUCUCUGCUCCAAAUGCCUCAUUAAGAUCCUGGACCUGGGCGAGUCCCCCACGGACGCCCUGGUGUGCCCGUUCUGUCGGUGUGUCACCAGAUUCCUCGGAGAGGCCGUGAGGAAUCUGCCCGACGACCGCAACCUGGUGGCAAAGCUUGCUCUCCAAAGCAGGAAUCAGAGGAACCUCCUGAUCCGCCGGGACUCCCCGACGGAGCUGCUCCUCAGCCCCAGGCGCCUGAGCUCACUGAUGGGGGCCAACCCUUCCCCCACGUCCUACACGUCCUCCACCCUGCCCUACUCCACCAUCAGGAGUUCUCCUAACUUUGUGGUCAUCACUAUCAUGGAGCCUCCGCCGGCCUCCGUACCCGCCCAGGACCUCCGUGUCAGCACUUGCAGACUGACCCAGGACUCGUCCAGCCUGGACUCUCUGGCCUCCGGCUCCCGCAGGCGGACUCUGUGGAACUGCGCGGCCCUCCUGUGCCAGACCUCGGCCCGGGUUCUGGUGUGGGUGCUGGGGCUGUUGUACUUCAGCUCGCUGCCGCUGGGCGUUUACCUGCUCAUCAUGCAGAGGACCACAGCGGGGGUGCUGCUGGUGAGCCUGGUGCCCGCCAGCCUCAUCCUGAUCCUGGUCUACGGGUUCUGCCAGUGCAUCUGCUACGAGUUAUGGCACUGCUUGCCACCGUAACUGAGGGGCCAGGCGGCGCCCAGCUCCCUUUGAAAACCUGUUCAUGUGGAAGUUUCU